UGAAUGCGAUUGAGCGAGAGAGAGAGAGAGAGCGACGAUGGGGGAUGGUCGAGGGGUUUGCUCCGAGGAGUCUGCGAACGGGGGGACGGAUGUCUGGAGCUCUUCCAAUGGAUCAGCGGAUCAUCUUGUUGUCAUGGUUCAUGGAAUUCUUGGAAGCAUUGCUGACUGGAAGUUUGGGGCUAACCAAUUUGUUACUGAGCUUCCUGACAAAGUCAUAGUUCACUGCAGUGAACGGAACAUGUAUAAGCUUACCUUAGAUGGUGUGGAUGUUAUGGGUGAACGAUUAGCCGAAGAGGUGAUUGAGGUCAUCAACAGAAGACCAGAAAUUAAAAAGAUUUCUUUUGUUGCACAUUCUGUGGGAGGAUUGGUUGCAAGAUAUGCAAUUGGAAGGCUUUAUAGACCUCCUAGAAGAAAAUCCCAAGAGGACUCUACAGUUGGUGCUUGUGAAGAUGAUUCAAGGGGUACCAUAUAUGGUCUAGAAGCAAUUAAUUUUGUCACUGUUGCAACUCCGCAUCUUGGUUCUAGGGGGAACAAGCAGGAAUCGCUCGGAAAGGUUCCAUUCCUUUUUGGUGUCACCGCAAUUGAAAAGGUUGCUUCACUUGUUAUUCAUUGGAUCUUCAGAAGAACUGGCAGGCAUCUCUUCCUUACCGACAAUGAUGGAGGGCAACCUCCAUUAUUGCAGCGCAUGGUGGAUGAUUGCGGUGAUCUUUAUUUCUUGUCCGCAUUGCGAGCUUUCAAACGAAGGGUGGCAUAUGCCAAUGUUGGCUAUGAUCAUAUUGUGGGUUGGAGGACAUCAUCAAUCCGACUCAACUCUGAGUUACCAAAGUGGGAGGAUUCAUUGAGUGUUAAAUAUCCACAUAUUGUUUAUGAAGAGAAAUCGGAAACCAAGAAGGUCGAUCAAUAUGCAAGGGAUUCCAUAGGAGAGGAUGAUAACUGCAACGAUGAAUUAGAAGAGGAGUUGGUCACAGGUCUUUCGCGUGUUUCCUGGGAAAGGGUGGAUGUUAGCUUUCACACUAGUAGGCUGAGGUUUGCUGCCCACAGUGUUAUUCAGGUCAAGGAUUCUUUCAUGGAGUCGGAAGGUGCAGAUGUCAUUCAACAUAUGAUCGAUCAUUUCCUUCUUACCUAAAAACAUACGUUGUUGAGUACAACUGCUGCUUUGGGAUUAAUUCCAAGUACGUACGUCAGCAUCGCCAAGUCUGUCCAUCCCUUUGAGCACCAGGCCCAUUAAAUAACCAUUGAGUGAGGCCUCCAACAACAUGCACGUUAUAUAUAUAUAUAUAUAUAUUUGUUGUUUACUCGUCGGCAUUCACAAUGUUGUUCAUUUAAUUCAUUAAAAUAAUAAUGUUAAUGUAAGAUUAAUUUUCUUUACAAUA